GCUAGAUAGUCGAACAUACGAGAGGGAAGUCACCCACCGUGUUGCAGCUCCGAGCGGACGCAAAAGCAACAAAAGUGUUUGCUAAAAAAAAAUGCUUCUUGUUUUUUUCUUUUUCCGCUUUGAAUUUAUCAACUGAAGAGGAGCAAAAAAGGGUUGAAACUAAAUUUGCGUGAAAUAUAGCCAAAUUGUGGCACUGCAAAGUUGCAAGCUCCAAUUGCACUGCCAAACACCUUUGGGAAACACCCCGUUGAUUGCCAAGAAUAAACCUGCCCCACCUUUUUGCUCACCAGAAAGCUGCAAACCCAUUUGGGCUAACAGAAAACACGUCCUACACCAUGAAGAAGAAAGUAGAAUUAAAAUUUUUGGGAGGACUGGAAAGCUAUUUGGAGGAUAAGUCCAAAAAUGUGGUAACUUUAGAAAUAGAAUCUGAGAAGCUCAGUUUUGAAAAUUUAAUUGCCUACAUAAGAAACCACAUCCUCGUUGAUAGGAAGGACGUUUUUGCCGACCACGUCCUGUGUGAUGGCACGGAGUUUUGCCAAGUGGUGGUUGACCACGUAGAGCGUAAAAACUACAAUUUAAAUGAAAAGGCGAAGAUAAAACCGGGAAUUAUAGUCCUCAUUAAUGAAUAUGACUGGGAAAUUAUGCACAUGUAUGAGUACCAGAUUAGGGAUGGCGACAAGCUCUGCUUCCUCUCAACUUUGCACGGAGGGUGACCUGGAAGGGGGGGUUCUCACCAUUUGUGUGUAUACAAAUGUGUAUAAGUAUAUGUGUAGAACUGUGGCAGGAAGGAAGGCCUUCCUUCUCCCAUUGCGUCGCUAGAAGGGGGCGAGCCUUUUACUGCCCCCU